ACCCCUUCAUACUUCACCCUACCGGGGGAUUCCCCUAAUAUUUAUUGAAUUAUGUUGUCUUUCGCUUUUAAUUCGGAGAAACAUUUCAGAUCCCUUGAUGAAGCAACUGCAUAGAACCAAAGAUCCUCGCACCCUGACUGUAUUUUGGAGAAAAAAUUCUCUUCACUGAAGGAAAAGAUCAGUCAUGAAGGUAAGCGCAAAGACGUUUUCUUUGAUGGGCCAGUCUAGGCCCCUAAAUAUUUCACUGCGUUUGGGUUCCUGGUAAGAAAUCCAGUUGUCAGGGACAAUUCUUUUAUUGCUGAAUUUGUUCCAAGGUGGCGCAAGUUUAGAUGAGCUGGUGCGACAUGCAGUCAUAAUCGCUGAAAAUUUUAAUUGUGGUCAUAAUUAUCGAAAAUGUUUUAAAGAAUUUAGUCACUGAUCGGUUCAUAGAAAGAUUGUUGGCGCCUGCUUUUGGUUAGCGAAUGAAUCCAGCUGAUAUGAUAGCAGACUGAACUGAAGUAGUAUUGGUAAACAAACGAUCAUGAACUGUACGUUUGAGCUACGCAAGUUUUUAUAGCAGCCCUCUUGAAUGAUCGCUAACACAUUUCGCAAAACUAAGUUCAUGAAAACAAAGCGCGUCGAUCAUAUAUUAUACACGCAUUCACCGGGUGGCUGUUGAGUUUCUUAGAAAUAUAGCAAGGUCCAAUUUUAGGCCUUACAAUUCCUUUCAAAACAAGUCAGGAUAUGCUGAAGUCAUUGGAACCAAUUUCUUAUCGUUCAUUUUCGAUCACACAAAUAAUAUUUCCAUCACGUAUGUUUCAUGGAAUGAACAUUUGUCAUCUUUCUUCAUAUCCAGUUUCAAGUAAGCUUGGAUCUCUGGGCCCCGCGAUGUGGUCUAUAUUUCCUAGAAUUACUUUGCAUUUUUUCACGGUAGGCGCCUAUCUCCAAGUGCUACUUCAGUUUCAGUCUUUAUAUGCAGCAACGUAGAGCGAAGAAAAAUUAGGAGGUACAUAAACUCAAAUACCGAUGUUUUUCGUCAAAGUGAAGUUAUUUCGUCUGAACGUCAAUUUGAUUUCCUAAAAAUUUUGUAAUACAUAAACGUGAAAUUUUGUCCUCCACAUUUGUGUCAGUAUUUUGAGUUUGCAUUAUAGAAUUUCCCGUUUUGCUUCACCUUCAGCCAGCUGAAGGAAGCAAACAUAAAACGGAAAAAAUUAUAUCAGACAAAGGUUUUUAUCUUCACACAACUUAUUCAAAACUAACAAAAAUAUAACCAGGCAACAGUUAACAUUUGAUGAGGUGAAAAACAAUAGAAAAAGUUAUCAGAACGAUACCGUCAGAAAAUUGGACGAGUUGAUACUCAGAAGAUGGCAACUCUCCAGUAUCAGAGUUAUCUUUAAUUAUACAAAAUAGGUGGGCCUCAAAAGUUCACAUACGAUUUGUUUCAGUAUUUGUAUGUGAAAUGGUGGCCUCCAAAGUUUACUUAUUCGCAGCAGCUUAUUUUGUUUUGUGUGGCUGUGGAAAGGCAAACUACGAGGAAAAUGAUAUUGUUUUCUCAUCCGGCAAAGACGUCUACUAAGUCGUACUUAAACCCUAUAAACAAUACUUGCCCUGUUUAUAUAGAUAGCAGGUUCAGACGGUAGUAGUCCAUGUUGGAUUGCAGCGAGCUAGAGACGAUUUUGACGAAGAAAGGCCUACCAAAAUCAUAAUGUUGUUUGGCAAAAAAAUUCCUCGGCAAAACAUCAGGCCCCGGUUGUUCGAAGAGUGGAUUACGCCAUCCACUGGAUAAAUCUCUAUACGGUGGAUACCUUAGCGCGAAUUGUAAACACUUAUCCGCUGGAUAGCAAUUUAUCCGUGGGAUGGCGUUUAGUAUCCAUCCCUUUGAACAACUGGGCCCAGAAUGAUACCAAGAGAAGCUUGCUCAAUAACAUUUGGCCUCUUUAUUAUUAUUUCUUUGUAUCGGUUUCCUCCUUCCGACGGUAACCUACGUCUCCGAAUUCCUUAAGCAAUGAUUUUUUAACACCAUUCAUUAAUAGGUUCAGCUCAUCUUAUCCGGUGGGCUCGCCUGGGUUCUACUCAUGGUUUAGUCAAUCUAAUCCACAGCCAUGCGUGUGAUCAGAUCUCAUACGGUUUCUGCACACAGGGAAUUAAUAAAGAAAACUUUCCCGUCGGAGACAAUACAAGACUCUAACUGUCGGGUCUAGAACUCAGAGAAAUUUGGCCGUUUACCUAAAGACUUCUUCUGUCGGUCAGGACAAAGUCAAUAAAUGAGAAUUUUCUUAAUUGAAAAUUAGGACCAUUGUUGUUUUAGUAGUCACGAUUCAACGCAUUUUAAAAGUUAGCACCAACGCACUCUACGAUUGUUAUUUGGGGAUUGUCGAUUAAUUUAUUUUUAUUCAUUAAUGAAGUCGGUUUUACUUGUCAGUAAAGGGCUAUUGUGUUUAUAUGAUAAACAAAAUAAUACAUGGUUGCUUGUAGAUAUGGAAUUUCUCUUCUCGUGUUUAACCACAGGCUGCCCAAGCUCCAGCUGUGAGAUGAUCAUCUUGUGCAAUAACAGUCAUGGCGGAAUUAUAAGAGUUUGUAUGGGAAUAUUUACGGCCGCCCUAAGGAAUAAAAUAAUGCGUCAAAUUCUCAAAAAAAAAACCUCACCUUACUUCUACAGCGUAACGCUUGUUAUCUGACCGCUUACUUUGAUGAAAAGGACGCAUUUUAGCGAGUUGUCCAUUUCGACGUUUUCAACGUUCAUAAGAAGAGCCUUUUCUUAUGUACGUUGAAACGUCGAAAUGAACAACUCGCUAAAAUGGGCUCUUUUCAUCAAAGUAAGCGGUCAGAUAACAAAUGAUACACUGUGGAAGUAAGGUGAGGUAUUUUUUUUUGAGAAUUUGACGUAUUUUUUUUAUUCCUGAGGGCGGUCGUAAAUAUGCCCAUACAAACUCUUAUAAUUCCGCCAUGACUGUUAUUGUGCAAGAUGAUCAUCUCACAGCUGGAGCUUGGGCCGCCUGUGGUUUAACUCGCUAUCUUACUUGUGAGCUAUCGAGUUGAACACUCGAAGAGAAAUUCUAUAUCUACGCGCGCCCAUGUAUUAUUCUCUAUAUGUCGGUUAUCAAAUUGGAAGUCAAAGAUCAGUUAAAUCAAGAGAACAGAUUUAAUACUUACCUACUACUUAGGAUUUACUACUUAUAAGAUUUAGGCCGGGGAUACUUCUUGCCUAAAGCACUUCGUAUGUGGUCGAAAUUCCAGAAAUUCCGUUUCCUGUCAUGAUGAUUAUGUAGUUUGAAAUCGACUUGGGGACGCGAAUGAAACAGUAAUUUACCGAUAGGUAGGGGAUAUAAAUUAAAUGGGACGAGAUGAUAUAAUGAGCAAGAUAUCUAAGGGGGGAAAUAAUUUUUGAACAUUUUUGCCCACUCAAGUCUACGAUAACAAGACGAUGUUCGGAACAUGAGCCCGAGACCAGACUUGGAAGGGGCAGAUAUACUAAAGCUUCCUCGUCCCCAAGCCGAGCGUCUACCACUAGAAGAUUUCUGAGUUAUUCCGUUGUGGCCGAUAUGCUUUCAUAAAAUUGUUCUUACACAUUUGACGAGAAGGGCAACCAAUUGCUGCGUUUAAAUUGUUACUGAUCGAGAGGAUGUGAAACAAAUUCUUGUUGUCCUGUCAUCAGAGGUUUGUGUCCGUCAACAAUUGGUUAUUAAUUCACUUCCCUCCCCUCUGCUUGAUGAUUUUAAACAGGAAGUCAUAGGCUAUGACUAUAAGCAGACCGUGGAACCUCCACAGCCUCCAGAACCAAAGGAACCUCCGGAACCCGGCAGCGGAACUUGCGGAACCAUUAACUGUUUGUUAGAAAAAAUGAUAAUGAAAUAAAAUAAAAUAAAAGCUAAAAAGACCCUAACAUUGUUCUACAUGGGGGUUUUGGACAAAACGCUAUAAAUUCGCUCCAGACGCCUUGAUAACCCCGAAAUUCUAAAAGCAUCGCGUGCGAUGAUGAUCCUCAUUCUAGGGUCAUGUGCAAUAAAUUCCAGCCUAAAGAUUUGCUGAGAGCCUGCGGAUGAAGCGUUUUUUCGGAUAUCGCGGUCACCAAACCGUUAGAGCUUUCAAGUUGUUAUUCAAUUGUUAACAGUCAGGGUAGGUGACUAAUGAUUGCUCCUCAAGGUAUUACGUACCCUUGUACUAGUACUGUGAAUGUCGCCACAAUUUAAGUUGGACGUCAAAGAAAAUUAAAACAAUUUCUCUUUUAAAGUAAUUUCCUUUAUACCUAAAAACGAACUUUCACACAGUGUUAAAUUUUUUCUUUUAUCUCAUUUACUCUUCUUUUACAAAAAAAAAGUAUGGUUUCCGGAGAUUCCGCUGGUUCCGGAGAUUUCGCGGUCUGCUGAUCCAUAGCUUACUGAUUACCCUGAUUACUCUCCCUGUGUGGCAUGACGCCACGUACUUUAAAACAAUCUGACAAUGGGAAUUUUUCUUGUUAUCGUUGGAUUCAAACACGGUGUUGUAUUAAAUUUGCAUACCGCAAAGUUUGCUUCGGCAAUUAUGAAUGCACGCAUUUGUAUUCGUUUACUUCGAUAAAUUUUCGAUGUAAAAACUGUGCGUCCUCCUACUACAACGAUUAGAGGGCCAAAGCUUUCGAUAUACGUGGUAUUUUUCAAGCUGACGUAGGUGAGUUUGUCCAGGGUUUGUCGAAUUUUUUCAUUUUGAUUACUCGCUUCAAUUAAUUUUUCGAUUAAGGCGGACGAGCCUCAACGUUUUCUGAAAGUUUUAGUUCUGAGGGCAACUGGUAGAAUUGUUCAGUCACAUGAUUGUUAUAAGGGAAAGAUCCGCUUGAAGCUUGACCUGUACAUAUAUUUUGUGAUGAGUAUGUGUUCCUUCUCGUCCCCGUGCUUGAUGAUUUGCCUUUGACGUUUUUUUUUUUUGAACAUGAAUGAUCGCUUUGUCUGUGUACAAUUCACGCGCCUUCUUUGCGUGUUGUGUGCCUCCCAAAGAUAUGUUUUUUUGUGUUUAAAGAAGAACAGUUUGAAACCGGUAUCCACACAAAACUUGGAUCGGACCGGAUAGGAUUACGGAUUGCAUCACGGACUGGAUUACGGAUCCGAUCACGGACUGGAUCACGGACCGGAUCACGGAUCAUGUCACAGAUCAUGAAUCGUAUCAUCCCACUGGGAUAUUUUUUCUCUUUUGCACUAGAACUCCAUGUAUUCACUUUCACGGCUGUUUCGAGGGGUGUUGUGUAGUGCCGCAACGGAAGAAGGCAAGCGAGAGGUAUGUAUCGUUCUUCAAUCAGGAGGGGCAUUGGGAUUUUCGGUCUUGCUAUUUUGGCUAUUUUUAGAUCGGUUUUUCGGUUUUUGUUCCAAAAACUUCGAUUUUUUAUGUUUUGCUGUUUAUUUCGAUUUGCGGAUUAUAUGCGGUUAAGCAUUUGGUUUUCGGUUUUCGUCAAAAACACAAACGGGUUUUGGAAUUUUUCCGGUUUGACUUCGAUCUGGGCGGCAAUUCAGCCCCUCCGCUGAUCUCGAACAACCGCGAAACGCAAAUGUUAUUGAGAGGAAUUUGUGACAAACCAAAUGUCACUGAAAUAAUCGGUAAUUGUCCGAAAACAUCUCUCCUUCCCACAAUGUUCUCGAUAGUAAGUUUUUGUUCAGAUUUUAGUUCGCUAUCUGGAAACCCAGCUAAGCUCUCUCUAAGCGCUUGCUGGAGGUCGUCCACGAACUUAACGUUUUUUGCAGUCUUGGCCAUAUUGUGAAAGACUUUACUACUGUGUAGGGGUUAGAUUUUGGCGCGCACAGAUAGCUUCGUAUGCAUAAGCGCCAAUUGCUUGACAUACCUGCGUGGCCCGUGCGACGAAAUAACUUCACGGGAUUGGCGAAGUUUCACUCACAGCAAAUUACACGGGAAAUCUAGAACGAUUUAAGCUUACAUCUCGUCUAACAUUUAAAAUGACAUAUUAACGCCUGCAACCAUUAUGUUUUGUACGAACCUCGCAAACUUUUAAAGACGUUCUCCUGUGAUACCUAAGAAAUUAUUCAGUAUAAUUUCUGAUAAGAUUUUCGCGGAAAAUUUGAUCGAUUUUUCUUACAUUGUGUGCUGAGACUGAAACUUUUCACCUCGAGCUAAGCUUCAUCGCACGGCCCAAACAAACAAGGCGAGCAAUUGAGCUGCUUGUACAUUUCCGUGUUAAAACACACAGAAGGACUCUAAAACAUACUUCACUUUGAUUGGGCAGAAAAACACAAAGAUUUUCUGGCAACAAUCAGAUACCAGAACGACCGCGACCGUUUGGAACUAGUCUUGUAAGACAAUGUCCCCAGGGGCUCUUCCGCCCUGACUUGAAAUCGACUCACAGCCCUUGGGUCUCCGAGGAUGGAUCAGUUUGCAAACUAUUGCUUCCAACGUGCCUCACGCGCCGGCAACAGAGGAAGCUCAAGGAUCUUAAGAAGCAACUGUGGAUUAUGUUACGUUUUUCUUAACUGACUGAUGAAAUGAUACAUACUUUUCGCUUGCCUUCGUCCAUGGUGGCACUACACAACACUCCUCGACACAGCCGUGAAAGUGACUACAUGGGGUUCUUGGGCGAAAAAAUAAGACUCCCAUUGGGGCCUGCACUCCAUUAUGUCACGCAGACUUUAUUUUGACUUGUCGUGCAAAAUAUCUAAUUUCAAUUAAGAUGAUCUGAUCCGCGAUCCAAUCCUUGAUCCGAUCCGUGCUCCGAUCCGUGAUCCCGUCCGAGAUCCGGUCCGUAAUCCGGCCCGUGAUCCGGCCCGUGAUCCGAUCCGAUCCGAUCCAAGUUUUGUCGACGCCGCAAAGAAACAUACCUGUGGGUGUAUAACAUCCAACUUGUUUGUUAGCUAGAUUGAUGCUUCGUUUUUAAAAAUAGCAUCAUAAAAAUGAGUCGGAGGAAAAUUCAAGAAACUGCUGCUCUUGAGUGACAAUUUUCCCAUUAAUCACUGUCCGAUCCUCAGUCUAAGAGACGAAAAAAUGUUUUCAAUUUCUUCAGAAAUCAAUCUUUGUCUCGCAAGCUACGAAUGUUCGCAAAUUUUAUGUGAUUCCGGAGUCGCGCACACGUAAGAUCAUGUAGUAAUGAGACAGAGCGUGUUAGUUACUUGUGGCAACUCUUUCGUCAACACCGUACAUGAAUUAUGAACUUUGUAUUUCCAUUUCAAUUGAUUUUUUCCUGCGCGAGAUUAACGCCGGCAACACCAUCUUGCCGGCUCAGGUAGCCAUUCAGAAAAACGGAUUCGCUUCAUAUUGCCCAGAGGCAUUGCGGGCGUUAUAAUGAUAAGACUUAUCUUUUUUAGCAUGUAUCAACAUUGAUUUGUCCAAGGAAUUCGGAGUGCAAGGCGUCCAUGUACAAUAGAGCGCCAAGGCAGCAUGCACAAUAUAUGACCCUAAGUGAAGUAGCCAAAUAAUAGCGACUUGUUGUUUGCAAAACACAGCUCUAUAAUUAGCAUAGCGAGGUACAUACAGAAGCAUUCUGAAAUAUUUUGGAGUACAUACCUCUUAUCAGACGUUUAUGUGUGUAAUAUCGCCUUGUAUUCAUUCUGAAAUAUUUUGGAGUACAUACCUCUUAUCAGACGUUUAUGUGUGUAGUAUCGCCUUGUAUUUUUACGAGUUGUGCCGGAUUUUUACGAGCUCGAAGGGCGCAUUUAGAGCGAAUUCAAAUAUAUUCCAAUUUUUCGCGAAUCAAAAUUGGCAAAAUUUUUGCGCUGUCAAAAUUUUGGCGGCAGUCUCAUCAAACCAGAAAACUUUGAACAAAACUUCACCGAUUGACUCAUACGUCAAUCACAAACUUAUCUCGCUCCAAAAAGAAAAAAAAAUCUCUCGCGAAUUGCUAUGCAAGAACGGGUCCUUUUUCCCGGAAGAUCUUUUGUGUUUUGGUUGACGCUUGCGCUACUCGUGCUGGCUUCGAUACUUGCAACAGAAGGCGAAUUUAUUGUUGAAGCCAUAUGUUCUCCACAUUGAUGCCAGUGUAACUGUGCCCAGGGUACGAGCCACAGACAUUUGAAUAAAAGCAGAGCUCAAAUUCGUUUCCCUCGAAAGAAAAAGGGUCAGAUGGAUGAGGAAAAUCCUGCCUUUUCACGCCGUACUAGACCAGCGGACAACAGAAUUUAUUUUUACGAUGCAACUUUAUCCAAACAUAUCUUGCACAACAUGACACCUAGAUGGUUGAAAAAAAUUAUCGCUUGUUUUGGCAAAAUUUGGAAGCCUCCGAAGCAGGUCAGUGGAUCUUUUGAAGUGUUGCAAAAAUCACGCGAUUCCACACUUAUUGUUGACAGAUUUUUUUCUUAAAUAAACAAAAGAAGCCCUAAUGGAGGUAAAGUGAAGCUGAUAGAGAGCGUAGCACGUGCAAUCGGCCGGUUGAACGAUAAUUGGAUUCGAUUCGCCCGUUAUUUGUAUUCUACUUCGAGUCUCUUGGUGCAGUUGGGUAAUAAUCUAGAAUCUGGUUUCAGCACAUUGUGUCAGUUUUAAUUAUGCGCCUGAUCACGUUCUACGUUCUGAAAAUAAACCUUUGACCUGGGAAACCUUAUGAUUCAAGCUUCGAUCACAUGACAAAGUUUCUCAACUUUCGUUAUCAGCCCGCUCAAACAGGUACUUAUCCUGAACUGAACAUCAGCUCAAUCCAGUUUGACCAGGUAUGGCUAAAAUUUUCCUAAAGGUUAUUCCGAUGAUUACGGAAAGUCACGAGAUAAGUUUUAAAUCAAGGGGAAGGCUGAACAAACGCAACUUACUCUGCUGGCGUCUUCUUUGUUUUCUUCAGUCGAUGCAUUAAAUAAGUGGACGUGCUCAGUUUGUCUACUGACCUUGCUUUGUACCUACAAGAAACUCCUUGGUUUGGCUAAGAGUCAGAUAAUGAUUCAGUUGACCGGAAGAAUUAUGAUUAAGGGCUUUGUUGUUCAUUUCGAAAGUCUCUUGAAGUACUUUGGUUUAGUGUUCUAACAAAAAAUAUUUAAUCUCCUAAGGUCAGCCAACUAACAUGCCCAUCCAUAUCUGUCAGUAGUGUCAAUAAUAUAUCAGUAUUUUCUUAUGGAACUUAGUGUAGAGACAAAAUGCUGUAGUUGAAGUGAGUGUUAAGUAGCACAAGUGAGUAAGAAGUAUUCAGUGAGAAUCAAAGGACCCAAGAAAUCAACCAGAGUUACACAGAAUGAAAUAAGCUUGGAUCCUAGCGGAGUUGUGUACUAGAGAACCGGGUUAUUAGAGAAAAAAAGCGGAUAAGACAGUUCGAGGGUCUUGGUGCCUUUCGCCGGGCGUGGUGGCGUGGUUUCCUCGAAAGCUAGCCCCUCCCCCAUUUGGUGGUGAAUUUAGUCCCAACAUUAUUUUGUAUGUCACGAAAUUCUGUGUUUCGUGGACCAACUAGUUUCCUUCGCAGCCGUUUUGGGACUCGUCACGCAACGCCUCUCCCCACUAACAGCCGUUUGCGGGAAGGAGCGUUGCGUGACGUGUCUCUGAACAGUUGCGAAGGAGCAAGCUGAACGCGUAUCAUAUACUAACAAACUUCAAGAUAAUAGCGCUUUACUUGGUAGCGUCAUCGCAAAGGUGUGCACACAUACACGCAAAAUAAUGCUGACGUACAGCAUUAUUCAGCUUUUAUUAUCAAAAAUUUGUUGAUGAUGGAUCAAUUUGUUUCUAAGAUUGACUUUAUUUUCAGGAGUAAUACAUUUGACAUGGAAAGAUGGACAGAACACACCCCAAGAUCCCGAAAAACGCUAGUUCAGAACCCCAUCUUGAGGAUGAAUUGGAAUGUGAUGACAAUCAGUCGGCCAGGCGCGGCACAUUUGAACGCUUGGAAGAAACAAUAUAUCAGUUCCAGCAAUGCAAAGUGAAAGCGGCCACAGAGUCUUUGCAAGCUGCAUAUAGGCAUUUCCUGAAUCUAACCCCAGAUAGCUUCAGAAACCCGGCUGACUACGAGAAGGAGCAGGUGGAUCGAGGUAGAAAGAUGUGUUUGAGUCAUUGUUCCGCCCCUCCUUUCUUUGGUGUUGUUUUGUUAAACCUCGAGCUGACCUCAGAUAAGGAUGUCCAUUUUUAUGCCAGCUUUGCUAUUGUCUUUGGUGCUGUUGCACUCAAGCUGCAUAAAUAUAAAAUAGCUAUAGACUUAUUUCAGCGAUGUUAUUCUCUUUUCACAUUUGAUGCCACGCCAUGUCCUGAAAACAACAUGCAAAUUAUCGAUAUUUUAAGAGCAGUAGCCAAGGCUAAUGUAGGUUGUGUUUAUCUGAUCAUGAGAGUUAUAGACAGGGCUAAGGAUUAUCUAGAAUGUGCGCUGGAGAUUUUUGAAACAUUUAAAAGCAAAAACAAAACUGACUCUCCAGGAAUAUACAUUGUUGCCAUACAAAUCAACUUAAGCUUAGCUUACCAGUGUCAGAAAAACUACCCUGCUGCAGUGAUGUUGCAAGAGCGUCUUCUUCUGAAAGCCAAAGACCCCAUUAUUCCCCCACAUUUGGUAGCUUCUAUACAUUACAAUAGAGCAGAGUUGUUCAUAGAGCUCAAAGAACCUGUCAAAGCUCUCAUGGAGCUGAGGACAUUGGAUUCACUAUCUGAUAGGAUGAUCAAUGAAGAAGGAAUUUUCUCGAACUUUAUAUCUUCUAAAAUUUGUUUGGCGUAUCAAGAGAUUGGAGAUAUGGCUCCUGCAAGGAAAAUAGCGGAACGCUUCACUUUCCCUUCUCUUUCCCCUCAAUCGUCAUCACCACCACCAUCGCCCUCGUCAAAGUCUUUUCCGGCAGCAUCAGGGUCAGGGUUAGGGUCAUCAUCAUCAUCAUUAUCAUCAUCAUCUUCAUCAGUUUCAUCCUCGUCAUCUUCAUCACCUUCGUCAUCAAUAUCGUUAUCUGCAUCGUCUGCUUCGUCACUGAUGUCUUCAUUCUCAUUUUUCUUUUCCGAUUUUGAAGCUGUCCUCGGAUGUAGUGGAAAAUUCCAUUGGGACUUCUUGUUCGCGACGAUAUUGAAUUUAGUUGAUUAUCACUUGAACGAGAAAAACCUAGACUUUGUAUCCUUCCUCGAUGUUUUUGUACCAAGUUGCAAGGAAACGCUCGGGAAAAACCACCCAACACAUGCAUCGUUUCUCUAUAGGCAAGGUGUCAGAUUUUUUCUGAUUGAAAGAACCUUGUCAUCAAAGAACUACUUUGAAGAAGCAUUAAGUAUUUUGAGAAGUUUGGCCUACGGUUCAGACCACCCGGAUUUGGUGCAAUGUAAUAUCGCUCUUGCAAGGUUACUAUUGUGCGAGGACUGUCAAGAGGUUUCUCAGUUGAAGUCGCGCCCUGACCGAAGCCGGGGAGAAUUUCCUUGUGACGGGGUUGAUGGAGUUGUGAGCCCUGAUAUUCCAUCAUUUGGAGAAGACAGCAACAAGUGGGACAGCAACGAAGAAUUAGACGAACCAGGUAAAAUUUCUUGUCAAGAAAACCGUAAAGGCAAGUACUACUAUCGACUUAAAAAUCCAUCCCAAAAGAAUAAAAACAGAGGAAUCAGCAUCUCACAGAAGAUACUGGAAAUACCAAAUGAAGUCAGCGAUGGAUGGAAUUACGUUCUUAAUGGAGGAGAAGUGGUUGCAGACAGCGGUGAAAACCGCGAUGUACUUCCUACAAAUGGAGCUUCCGGCUUUGACAAGGAUUGGAAAAUCCAAGCUGUUGUCCCUCCAAACACACCAGGAGAUUCCCAUGAGAGUAAUUCGAAAACAAAAAUAUCUCUUGGUUUGAAAGGUGGACGCCGAAACGAUCCUCUGUCACGCCACAUUUCACAAAGGGAUCCGAGUGAGGAUGACUUUGGAACAGAUCACAUCGGAAUCGAUCCCAGUUUUCUCGCACGUCAUUCAUGUGAGUGCAAUGCAUCUGAUAAGCAAUGGGAUUCUUAUGGUCCAUUUGAAGAUUUAGAAGCGCCUGCAGGCACCCACUCCGAGUACAACAGAUCUGGGUGUAUGUCUGAAGUGUACCACCCUACUCCCCCAAGUUCAUCGACAUCUCCUGAAUGUCGUGAUUUUAAAAAAUUCGAUGCUAGAGAUCAUCUUGCCUAUACCAGCACUAUGGGAUCUCCUGCACAAAUCUACUUAAGUUCGGAUGGCUAUCAGUCUCAAGAGUCAUCCCUAAACUUAGUCCUGAUGCCCAAAACUGUUCCAACGAAGACCUUAGGACUGCCUCAAUCUUCAAAUUUCCUUCAAGAUGGAUCUAAAGCAAAUCCCCCGUUGACAGUUAAAGAGUUUCCCACUGGUAAUGUACGGGCAAAAAUUUCGCCAAAUAUCUUCUCAGAUGGACAUGUACUCGCCGAACGGCCGACGUUCUCAUCGCAGUUUGAAGAAAAAGAUGAAUUUCUUCCGGACGGGGAGGGUGCAGGAGCUGGUCAGGGUCCGUUAAACAGUAAUUUAGACACAUCUGCUGACGAGUCGUUGGCCGUACUCGAGCAACGUGUGGCUGAAGCUUGCAGUCUUGUCGAGAAAACGUUGAAAGAAAGACAAGAAAGAGAGAAAUCGAUGAAAGAAACGGAGCAAAAAAGAAAAGAAGAGUGGGCAAGGAAACAACAACUUGCACGUGAAAGAAAAGAAAGGGAAGAAAGGGAAGCGAGAGAAACGGAACUUAUGAAUGAAAGAGUAGAAGGGAACUCCACGAGUGGUGGACAAGAAACACCUUCGCAAGACUCGGCAAGUGCUGGGGUUCGACAAUGGCUGUGUGAACAUUAUCAGCGGCUCUGCCGUGUCAAGUUCUCAUGCUGCGGAAAGUUCUUUCCUUGUCAUCGUUGUCAUAACAACUCUGGGUGUCCAAAUGAUAAUUCCAAAGCAAGAGAGGCGUGCUCUGUUGAGUGCUCUGUUUGUAGUCAUCAACAAGAGGUAAAUAGGAAUGACAUUAACUUGAAAUUUUAUAUAAGAGGGAAGAGAGUUCUUAAGCUUGGGUUAUAAGCGAUUUAAUUUCGAAUGCUUGACUUUUAAGAUCAAUCAGGACGCCCACACCUGUGUCAGAUGUAAAACAAGGUUCUCAGCAUACUUCUGCUCGGUGUGUAAGCACUUCACAGGGGAGGAUAAAGCUCCUUAUCACUGCGAAAAAUGUGGUAUCUGCCGGUAGGUGAAACAAUAUUCAUGACGAAUUUUGUUUUCGUUUGUUUGGAUAUAAUGCUUGUUGUACAAAAGAAUAAGGGUCACGGAGUUAUUGGCCUGCUUAACUACCAAGUCAAGGAGUUACUGACUUGUGUUACAGUAUGAAUGAAGAAUCCGGGCGCUGCCUUGAGAACCAGAGCAAAAUAUUACAGAGAAAUGAUUCAUCGAUGAGUGGUUAAAACACCUCAUUAAAUCCCACAAAACAUAGUUUUGGUUUCUUCACACGUAUCAAGUUUCCUCCUCAAUAAUUAUUACAUCUUAUCUAGUAGAGAUACAGCGCUUAUCAAUAUGAAUUAGAAAUUUGUUUCCCCAACGAAUCACGUUGUGCUUGAGUAAAUACUUGCGAAGUGAUGUUUCUAUUUCCCGUUCAGUAUCUACAAGGACCGCUCCUUCCACUGUGAUGUGUGUAACGUCUGUCUGGACAAACGGUUGGAAGGAAGACAUUCUUGCCGAGAAAAUUCAGGACAUGACGAGUGCUGCAUCUGUUUGGAGGUAAUGACUUACUCUUCGCACUAACACGGUGUUGCUGCAGAACUUCCAGAGAAGGGGAUUUCUCUGUCUUGUUUGUUGGAAAUCGUUUCUUGUUUGUCGCGUCUACCUGUUAAAUGAUGGUCAGUGUUUGUGGAUUUCGUCGUCAGUCGUACUGUAUUAUUAAUAUUUUGUUUUCUCAUAUCGUUGUGGAACAUUAUGUUAUUUGUUGUGUUUUAUCUAUAAAUUUAGCUUUGUUGGUCAAUGUUUGUACUCGAUUAAUAUAAAGCGACUGCACAGUUUUCACUGCCGUUAAGUCUGGAUUACAAUAAGGUAAAUGUCUUUUCGUAUCAUUUAUACAUUGAAACGUUUUCCUUUCUGCUAGUGUAAGAGUAUGCAUUUAAAAAAACUGUCUAGAGACACCCGUGACACUGGUUGCACACAAAAUCGGCUCUGUAAGGGGAAUAUUGGCCAAAAGCUUUUUCCUUUUGAUGUAAUUAUGGCCUUGUUGUCGACAGUGAAAGUGAAAUCUGGUAAAUGCAAUGUUUGAGCGACAAAUAUAGCAACAUAUUAAGAGAGCACCUGAGUUUUUCUUAGCUAGGUUCUGAGUACAAAAGGUAGCGUUUUAAUAGAAAAAAAAUGAUAAAGAAAUGAUUGUAAAAGUUAAACUGAUGUAUAAUACCUGUAAAUACUAUUACUUAAUGGACGUUUGGAACAUUUAUUUUCAGGACGCAUUCAGCGGUUGUCAAAUCCUACCAUGCUCACACAAGGUUCAUAGAGAGUGUGCCAUCGCAAUGAUACAGAAUGGCGUGUAA